ACAGCUGGGAUAGGCUUCGGCAUGCCCUCGACCCUUGUGAGGAUAAAGCGAAUUGGAAAUUGGAUGCGUGGAUGUAUUUUUCCCCGAAGGAAAAAAUAUUUGUCAUAUUAUUUCGUAAUUGUCCAUGUCUUUGUCGAUGUGCCCUUGCCGUAACUUUAAUUAGAACAAUAAAGAGAUCUUGAUUCUGAAUGGAAAAACAAUGACGGACUGACAUUGCCUCAAAAUGCAGUACUUUUAAUGCUUUGUCUCUGGGGUUUGGAAUAACAGCCUUCAAUGUCCAAACCAGUAUCAUAUGAUGCAAUAUAAUGUCACCAAAACUUAUUCGUAGUCCAAGUUUCCAUGUCAAUUCUUCUGAACGCAUCUCGGCAUUCACGUGCAUUCUCAGCCAUCUCAGAAAUUUUCUUGACAAAAGGUGACAUCUAGUGGUCAACGAUAGAAACUCACAUCAAUUCACUGGAACGCGCAAGACGGCCGCGCCACUGGAGCGUACACCGUUAACUGGUUUAUGUAUACUUUUUGCACAGCUUGCUGUUAUCGAACCGGGAGCACAGCAGUUGUUUGAUCCAUUUGGUUCAAAGAGUUCUCAUGCUCAUUACAUUUUAACAACUGGGACGACGCUUAAUUCAACAGACCUUAGCUACUCACAUAGUUAAAUGGUAAACGAAGCAUGAAAAUGGAUCGUGAUCUUGAUUCUAAUUUUUCUGGUAAAUGAAAAAAGUGUGGUGAAACAUUUCUACCAAUAGUGGAAGCUCUCUAGAAUUGUAUUUGUCGUGAAAACGCGGAAGUACUGUACCUUAUUUUGUUUUUAAUGAUUUCAAAAAGGAGUGACAUCAAUUUGGAAGAAUAUGUGAGAAGAAUAAGGAGUUUUGCCAUCGCUGAUCAUUUUUCAUCAAUUAAGUUGCUGUGCUACUGCUGAGGUGAAGAUGAAGAAAUUAUUUGCCAACUUCUCCAACAAGAUGCGAGCACCAAGUAGUGCACCAGACAGCGGUGGUCCAACCACUGCUGGCUACAAGGUGAAAAAAAGGAAGAUGGAAAAUUUGCACAAGGCUGCCUGGAUGGGUGAUGUGGGCAAGCUGCGAUGGCAUGCCAUGUGCAAUAAUGACGUUAAUAAGGUUGACAAGCACAAUAGAACUGCGCUUCACCUGGCUUGUGCCAACGGACAUGCUGGGGUGGUGGAUUUCCUCCUCAGUAAACAAGCCAAGAUCAAUCUAUUCGACAGCCAAAAGAGGACCGCCUUGAUGAAGGCGGUGCAAUGCCAGAAUGAUCUGUGUGUGAACAUUCUGCUGGAGAACAAAGCUGAUCCCGACCUGAUGGACGCAGAUGGAAACACAGCCCUACAUUUGGCCGCCAAAAUCCCGUCACUCUCCUGCGUCAUCAUGCUCGUGAAGAAGGACGCUGACCUGAAUGUGAAAAAUCUGAAAGGCCUUUCACCCUUGACUAUGGCAGUCCGUGGAGACCACAUUGCAGUGACCGAGUUUCUCUUGAGGAAAGGCGCUGAUGUUAAUAUUUUAGACAAACACCAAAGGUCACCAUUAAUGAUCGCUGCAGCCAAUGGACAAAUGGACAUGGUACGAAUGCUCUUAUUGUUUAAAGCCGAUUUUACACUGAUGGAUAACAAAGGACUAUCGGCUGAGGACCACGCUGUGGCGAAUGGCCAUCGACCGUAAGUUCGUGUUCUUGUCCUUACUCACAUUUUUCAAGACAUAUUUUCUUCCAAUCUCAUUUACAGUGGAACAACUUCAUUUUAAGGUUAUUUAGUGUAGAACCG